AGAGGCGCCUGCCAGCACAGAAGACUUGUGUUCAACUGCUGGUCCGGGAAGGUCCCACACGCCCUGGAGCAACUAAGCUGGUGUGCCACUUCGAACCUGUGCUCUCGAGCCUGGAGGCCACAGCUAGCUACUGGAGUCCAGCAGCUCUGAAGCCCCUGCUCCACAACAAGAGAAGCCACCACAGUGAAAAGCCCGGGCACCGCAACCAGAGAGUAACCCCUGCUCGCUGCAACUAGAGAAAAAUCCACGCAGCGACAAAGACCCAGCACAGCCAAAAAAAUAAAAAACCAGAAUCCCACCUUCCAAUGCAGGGAACUCGGGUUCAAUCCCUGGUAGGGGAACCAGGAUUCCACAUGCAGCUAAGCCUGCAAGCCAUGACUAGAGACGCCUACACUCCACAGUGGAGGCCCAGUGCAGCCCAAAACUUUUAAAAAAUAAAAAUGAGCUUGCAGUCAAAGGUUAUAAAUCAUACAAGGAAGUGGAACCACAAGGAAGGAGACCCAGUGGAUGCAGCAAAUGGGAGAUCUGUGCUCAAAAACGGAAAAUAAUACACAUCUUGGAAAAAUUUUUUAUAGUAUUUAAGGAGAUGAAGGGAUGAAAACCAUAAGGCAAGAAUGGGACAGUGUGAAUAAGAACAGGAGAGGUCUAAGACUGCACACUUAGCCAGAAGGGUAAAGAGGCAGAGUCACUGAGUCAAGCAGUGCCUCCUGGACUCCAGUAUCUCACUUUCAUCAGCACUGUUGAAAGAAGAAGAAAUGCCAGUGCUGUCUCCUGAAAUCAAAUUUGAGCCUUCUACUGUCACCAGAAAUACCCUUGAUGGUUGUUUUCUUUUUGAGAGUAGUUGGAGGAAAGCAGUGCUAGAAACACAAAAGAUGCGGAAAGAAUACACCACAGCGUUUGGUCUAGAAGAAUUCAAAGAAUGUGUCAAAAUGCCAUAUUUACCAGGAUUGCAAAAUUGCCAAAAAAGCAUAAGUUCCACUCCACUAGAGUUUCAUCGAAAACUCCUGCGUGCUGAUACUGAGAUGCCUCCUGUCAGCCAUUCUACUGAGAACAUGUCAAGUUGCCUACAAGUAUUUUAUUCUCCUCUACAUAUUGCACAAUGCCCUAUGAAAGGACAGUCUUGGCAAAGCAGGUUAAAGAAGACUAAGCCCACAUGUACUGUGACACCACUUCAGGAGAAAUCGAAAGGACUCUUAAGGCAUUGUAAUUCUCCUUCCAUCAAUUUUGGUUCUGGCUUCAGCGAUCCUCUCGAUGGAGCACCAUCUCAGUACUUACAGAGACUUUCCAACAUGGCCAUUUUGGAGUAUGACACCAUUCGUCAAGAAACAGGCAAAAAAUUUAAAAAGAGCAAGAAACGAGAGCUUCGAGACUGCUGAUUAUCAUACACUGUGAUGCUUUCUUCACUGACUUUUAAAGUUUAUAUUUUUCCUUUCUUUUCUUUUUUGAUAUGUGAUAUGAUGUGCAAUGAUUUACAUAAAAAUGGAAAUGUAAAUAGGAAAUAAAUGUUUUCUGUUAUAUACAAAA